CAACAAUCACAUUCCUUCUUCUUCUUCACAACUCUCUCUCUCUCGAAAAAAAAAAGUCCCUCUUCCUAGCUCGAUUUCGAUCUCAACUUUUCGUGUGGAAACGUUUGUGAAUGGUGGAAACGAAUCCGAUCAGUGGUGAGUUUACGCUUUCCCUUCAAAUCCAAAGGGCGAGCUUCCUCCUCCUCCCUCUCUCUGCGUCCUCUGCUUUCGCUUUCGGCUCCUGCAAAGAAGGCUGGUACUUCCGCUGCAUCGGCCUCGACCCGUGAAACCCUAAUCUCGAUUUCCAUCUACAAUUUUUUUUUUUGUUUUCUUUUUUAAAAUCUCUCUCUAUCAAAGAUGUUGCUCUACAACAAGCAGAAGAAGAACGCUAAGGGAAACCGGAUCCUCAUCAGCGUAACCGUUCUCGGCAGCGCCGGUCCGAUCCGGUUCGUUGCUUACGAGGAAGAUCUCGUCGCUUCUGUUAUCGACACUGCUCUCAAGUGCUACGCUCGCGAAGGUCGCCUCCCUCUCCUCGGAUCUGAUUUCAAUGACUUUCUUCUCUACUGUCCCAUGGUCGGACCUGAAGCUUUAAGCGCGUGGAAUGCGAUUGGAUCGCUUGGUGCGAGGAACUUUACUCUGUGUAAGAAACCAGAGGAGAAGAAGGUUGUGGCCAAGGAAGGAGCAAGGAAAGGAGGGAGCUUUAAAGCUUGGAUCAACAAGUCCUUCAGCCUCAAAGUCUCCACCCAUUAAAAACGCUUUUUUGUUUAUUUUUUUUUUCAGACAAGACAAGAUCAGUUUUUAUGUUUUCUGUGCAUUUAUGAUUUGAUUCCAAUUUGUCAAAAAAGCUUCCAUUGGCAUUGAUGAAGCCUUGUUUCUUUUGUAUCUAUCAUUCAACGGAAAUAAAAGUUUCGAAUUUUUUCUCGUU